AUGCUCUCCGCUCUCUUCACCAGCACUCUCCUGUUCCUCUCCCUCCUGCAUCUAUCGGCAGCCGUACCAGAACCGCGUCGCCCAGUCGCAGCAGCCCAACUCACUGUACGACAAGUCUCUGCCACACCCUCGCAAGCAGACUUAUGUCUAGACUACGAACGUACUGCCAACAUGUCCACCAUCGCUGCCAACGGAACCUACCGCACCGUGCUACUCCAGAAAUCCAGCACCGGUACCAUCUACAAUGCACGUAUGAUGGACGCUGCGAUUGCCAAGCUGCCUAGACUGACUGCGGAUUCCAUUUUGAAUACCGCAUGUGGCAACUGGACGGAGAUUGCGCUGCAGGAAGCGGAAAAGAACUUCACGCUGGGAAGGGUUGCUCAGUUUAGCACCGAAGGAUUGCCCGUGGGGAUCAGGGCGGGGCCUGAGGUGUUGGGAAUUGUUGGAGCUAUUGUCAUGUUGUUCUCGAUUGUUUGGAUUAGUGGGUAG